CUGGGACUGGCUUCGGAUGGAUGGUGCGCUCCCUCUGGUUCUCCGGCGUUGGGUGGAUGGUGUUUGGGCUCUAGGGCACGGAUGUUGGAUGGAUGGUGCGCUUGCCCUCUGGAGCUCUGGCGUUUGAUGGUUGAUACCCACUUCACAUUGCUUUGUUCAGUGCCAUUUCCCAAUCUGCAGUCAUGAGUUCGAGGGUGGAGCACAACUCAGGAGAUGGAUACAAGAAAAUUUCAAGGUCACUGAAUAUCCCUUGGGCUACAGUUAAGUGAAUCAUCAAGAAUAUGACACAGCUAUAAAUCUGCCCUGUGCAGGCCACCCUCAAAGACUGUGUCUGUGCAAGAAGACGAAUGAGGGAGGUCACCAAGAGACAUAUGACAACGCUAGAGGAGUUACAAACUUCAGUAGCUGAGAUGGGAGGGACUGCGCAUACAACAACUGUUCCCCGGGUGCUUCACUAGUCGCAGCUUUAUGGAAGAGUGGCAAAGAAAAAGCCACUUUUGAAAAAAGUUCACAUGAAAUCUCAGCCAGCGUUUGCCAGAAGACAUGUGGAGGACUCUGAAGUCAGCUGGAACAAGGUUCUGUGGUCUGAUGAAACCAAAAUUUGGCCAUCAAACUAAACACUUUGCUUGGCGUAAGCCAAACACCACAUAUCAUCCAAAACACCCUGUUCCUACCAGGAAACAUGGUAAUGGCUGCAUCACUGCAGCAGGCCUUGGAAAGUUUGUGAAAGUAGAGGGUAAAAUGAACACAGCAAAAUACUGUACAGCGAAAUCCUAGAGGAAAAUCUGGUGCAGUCUGCAAGAGCACUGUGACUUUGGAGAAGAUUUAUUUUUCAGCAAAACAAUGACCCCAAGCAUAAAGCCAAAGCAACAAAGUUAAUGUCCUGGAGUGGCCAAGUCAGAGUCCAGACCUCAAUUCAAUUGAGAAUUUGUGGCUGGACUUGAAAAGGGUUGUUCCCUCAUAAUCCCCAUGCAAUCUGACAAGAGCUUGAGCAGGCUUUCAGAUUUGGAGAUGCCAGAAAGGGUCAGGAGUGAAAAUGAAAUGAUUUCAUUGCUUCAGGGGACCGUGCACAAUUCUGAUUUGAUGGAGAUGGACGUGAGAGUACGGAGGAACAUCUGGAAAACUUCUGAAAUGUCCACUUCGCUGCCACUGCUACUGUGUUGUAACCGGAAUCUCCGUAGCAGAAGGCCCCGAAAUCCUCAGCUUUGCGCGUUUCAGCAGCCGGGGCAAGGUCAAAGGCACUCGGCAGAGGAUGGCACGCGGGAGGCUGUAUCAGAGAGGCUAGUCGGAAGCUCGAAUUUUUCGGAUGGAUGGACUCAGUGUCGGCUGUGGUCGGCUGCUUCCAAGGCAUCGGCAAGUUGACGGUGCCUGGAGGUUUAUGUCAGGGCGUUUCUCCCUUUUGCCGCCUGCUAUCGGAGACUCGGGAGUCGAACAACUCGGGGACUUUUGAGACUUUAUUUACCAUGCCCAUGGUUUGUUCUUCAUCAAAUUAUGGUAUUGCUUUGCAGUGCUGUAACUAUAUGUUAUAAUUAUGUGGUUCUGUCGGUGUUAGUCUUUGGUUUGUCCUGUUUUCUGUGAUAUCAUUACGGAGAAACAUUGUAUCAUUUCUUAAUGCAUGUAUGCAUUUCUAACUGACAAUAAAAGAGGACUGGGUGUUCUCAUAAUCUAAGAAAGCAUACAGUGCAUUGGCCUUCAUCAAUCGUGAUUGAGUUUAGGGCUGAGAGGUAAUGUUGCUGCUAUAUGGGACCCUGGUCAGACCCCACUUGGAGUACUAUGCUCAGUUCUGGUCACCUCACUACAGGAAGGAUGUGGAUACCAUAGAAAGGGUGCAGAGGAGAUUUACAAGUGGCCACACAUUUUAAUUCCAUAUCCCAUUCCCAUUCUGACAUGUCUAUCCACGACCUCCUCUACUGUAAAGAUGAAGCCACACUCAGGUUGGAGGAACAACACCUUAUAUUCCGUCUGGGUAGCCUCCAACCUGAUGGCAUGAACAUUGACUUCUCUAACUUCCGCUAAUGCCCCACCUCCCCCUCGUACCCCAUCCAUUAUUUAUUUUUACACACACAUUCUUUCUCUCACACUCCUUUUUCUCCCUCUGUCCCUCUGACUAUACCCCUUGCCCAUCCUCUAGGUUCCCACUCCCCCCCCUUGUCUUUCUCCCCGGGCCUCCUGUCCCAUGAUCCUCUCAUAUCCCCUUUACCAAUCACCUGUCCAGCUCUUGGCUCCAUCCCUUCCCCUCCUGUCUUCUCCUAUCAUUUUGGAUCUCCCCCCUCCCCCUCCCACUUUCAAAGCUCUUACUAACUCUUCCUUCAGUUAGUCCUGACGAAGGGUCUCAGCCUGAAACGUCGACUGUACCUCUUCCGAGAGAUGCUGCCUGGCCUGCUGCGUUCACCAGCAACUUUGAUGUGUGAUGCUUGAAUUUCCAGCAUCUGCAGAAUUCCUGUUGUUUGAGAUUUGUAAGGAUGUUGCCUGGAUUAGGGAGCAUGCCUUAUAAGAAUAGGUUGAGUGAACCCGGCCUUUUCGACGGAGAAUGAGAGGUGACCUGAUAGAGGUGUAUAAGAUGAUGAGAGACAUUGAUUGUGUGGAUAGUCAGAGGCUUUUUCAGAGGGCUGAAAUGGUUUGCACGAGAGGGCACAGUUUUAAGGUGCUUGGAAGUUGGUACAGAGGAGAUGUCAGGGAUAAUUUUUUUACGCAGAGAAUUUCAGCACAUGGAAUGGGCUGCCAGCAAUAGUGGUGGAGGUGGAUAUGAUACGAUCUUUUAAGAGACUCCUGGACAGGUACGUGGAAUUUAGAAAAAUAGAGGGCUAUGGGUAAUUUUUCAAGUAAGGACAUGUUUGGCACUACUUUGUGGGCCGAAGGGCCUUUAUUGUGCUGUUUUCUAUGUUUCUAUGUUUAAAUGCACAUUAACUAUUGUUACGAGAAUACACAUAAAAUUAAGAUGUUUGCUGGCCUGGGCUAGCAUCAGUGGCAUCAGCAGUUGGUCUGCCACCUGCCCUCAGGGGAAGGAGAGAUAAGGAACAAUGGAGCAGCGUCUGGAGAUGUGUAAUGAAGGGAUGUGGGAGGGAGAGCUGUCUGGAGCGGCUCCCCCCUUUGAACCCUGAACUGUUUGAAGUGAUGGACAGGCGAUACCCCAGCAGGGGGAUAAAAAGGGACAGGUUCGCUAAGACAGACACACACGCCACCCGAGGUAACGAGACCCUGGAAGCGGUGCGCUUCUCACGAGUGGGUGAGAAGUACCGGACAACGACAAGGGUGAAAAGGUACGAUCAGCGGGAACCCGGUGUGUGUCCGCCCUUGCCUGGGUGCCGGGUUCACUGCAGAGGAUCGACCGCAUCUGGAGGAGGGGUCACAGUCGGUGACCUCAGGUGACAUCCCCAAGGACCUGCCCAAAAGCUGUUUGUGAGCCAUCUCGCUGGUCUGUGAGCCAUCCCGCUGGUCUGUGAGUGAAGCAGUGUUCUGAAUGAUCAGUUGUUCCUAUUCUGUCUCUCUUCCCCCACCUUGUCCAUCGCCAUGGCAACGAUUACUGCGAACUGAACUACAAACUGGACUGAACUUUGAGUCAUUUUGAAAUUGGUCAUUUACCCCUAGACAACGAUAGAGCUUGAUUGAUGCUGUUAUCUUAAUUCUGUGCACAUGUGUGGUUAUCAUUGUUGAAUUGUUGCAUUUAUUAUCCUUUCGAUUACUGUGUUGCUUGUUUCUUUAAUAAAACUUUCUUAGUUCUAGUACUCCAGACUCCAACUGAGUGAUCCAUUUCUGCUGGUUUGGCAACCCAGUUACGGGGUACGUAACAUAAGUGGGGUUCUCGUCCGCGAUUUUGAACGCUAAAUUUGGGACGGAGUAAAUUGAUUGGGUUAAAAUUCCUGAAAGAAAGAAAAGACAAACAGCAGAAAUGGAGGUUGAGGAAUUUAUAAAGGCGCCAACCUUGGAGGCAUUGGAGGAUGCCAGGAAAUCGGAAUUGAUAGCUGUGGCCAAACGGGUGAAUCUUGCUAAGGUGAAGUUGACAAUGAGGAGAGAGGAGAUACACAGAGCUAUUGUAGAGCACUAUGUAUCUAAAGGUGUGUUUCCCCAAGGUGAGCUGGGGGAGGUGUCUAUUGAAAAACCUGCUGGAGACGCGGUACAGGUACAGCUUGAAAAACUGAGACUCGAGCACGAGUUCCGGGUACGGCAGUUAGAACACAAAGAGAGAGAGUUAGAAAGGCAGGAGAAAGAGAGAGAGUUAGAAAGGCAGGAGAAAGAGAGAGAGUUAGAAAGGCAGGAGAAAGAGAGAGAGUUAGAAAGGCAGGAGAAAGAGAGAGAGUUAGAAAGGCAGGAGAAAGAGAGAGAGUUAGAAAGGCGGGAGAAAGAGAGAGAGUUAGAAAGGCGGGAGAGAGAGAAAGAGUUAGAAAGGCGAGAGAGAGAGAAAGAGGUAGAAAGGCAAGAGAGAGAAAGACAGUUGGAGAGAGAGGAGAAACAGAGGGAAAGGGAAUUUGAGCUGGAGAAGUUAAAGAUAAGGGCCGAGCAGGGGCUCGUGCCGAACCAAGGUGGAGGGUUCCGGGCGACCCAGGAGGUUAGGCUGGUUCCCCCAUUUGACGAUACCGAUGUGGAUCAGUACUUUCUCCACUUCGAAAAAGUAGCUAUAAGUCAGGAAUGGCCGAGGGAUAAGUGGGUUGUCUUACUUCAGAGUGUACUGAAAGGGAAGGCCCAACAAGCUUACUCCGCUUUAUCCGCGGAAGAUGCCCAGAAGUAUGAGGUGGUGAAGGAGGCCAUCCUCAGGAUUUAUGAGUUGGUCCCGGAGGCAUACCGGCAGAGGUUCCGGAAUGUGAGGAAGCAGUGGGACCGCACGUAUUUGGAGUUUGCUCGCGAGAUGCAAACAUAUUGUGAGCGUUGGUGCGCCUCGAAGGGGGUAGAGGGGGAUUAUGACAGACUGCUGCAACUGAUUCUGAUUGAGCAGUUUAAAGGUUGUGUCCCUGAGGGUAUGAGACCCUACCUCGAUGAGAAAGAGGCAGCCACGUUAGCCGCAACUGCUAAGUUAGCGGAUGAGUAUGCGUUGACGCAUAAAAUGAAGGUUGCCCCGAGUAAAGGCUACCAGAAGGGUAGUCAGGACGGUGGGGAGAGUCCACCGGAAAAGUCAGAAAGUAAGCCGGGGACUAGUGAAAAGGAUAAGGUAGACCGGGAGCAGUCUGGUAGGAAGUCUCCUGGGGUCGUCUGUUAUAAUUGUGGGAAAGCCGGACACUUUGCGUCCAGGUGCUUUGCCCCAAGGAAGGAGACGGGGAAAGGAAAAGCGGAAAUUUUGAAUGGCUGUAUUGAGCUGUUAAGCGAACCGCGAGGGAAGGACAGGUCUGAAAAAGUCCAGGAAGGGCGCGAGAGGUUUAUCUCGGCCGGACUGGUGUCAGUGAAGGAGAGGUUAAAACCAGUUCCAGUGCGGAUCUGGAGAGACACGGGAGCGUGUCAGUCACUAAUACUGAAGAGUGUAUUAGAGUUUAGCUCAGAGACCCAGACUGGGGAGGUAGAGGUCAAAGGUGUUGGGGAAGGGACAGAGUCAGUCCCUUUGCACCAGAUACAUUUACAGAGCAACCUGGUCUCUGGACUAGUCACGAUCGGGGUGAGGUCCGAAUUACCGAUGAAAGACGUGGAAGUCUUGCUCGGUAAUGACAUCGCCGGAGGAAUCGUGUUCCCAGUCGUGAGAUUGACGGGUCAGCCUGCCAGCAUGGAGGCCCCGCCCGCGAUGGUGAAUUUGGCUGAAACAUUUCUGCCAACCUUGUAUGAGACAGGGUGUAGUGAGAUAAGAGGUAGUGAGGGAACUGGGACGGACGUAGCAGUAGCCAGGAAAGAAUUUAUGCAGACGCAGGAGCGAGACGAGGGGCUGAUGGUUUUUGCCGAGACCGCUCUCUCUGACACAGCCUUGACAAGCUAUUGUGCGGAUGAGGAAGUGCUAAGGAAGAAAGGGAAAUCAAGUACAGCAUCCGCAGAUGAGGAGUGGGAGGUGGUGCAAAAGAGUUAUGGGGAUGAGGUUUUUAACAUGGCCCACGAGGUACCCCCCGGUGGACAUUUUGCGGUGCUGGAGGAAACAGUUGGUGGAAUCAUGAAAGAGAGUUACCGGCUGCCCAGGGGGAAAAAUGUUAUUGAUCAUGACCGACGCGAACUGAGACGGUCACCGGCUUUUGAUAUGCUAACAAACCUAGUCGGUGUUAGCGUGGAAAUCAAUGAAGCUAGGGGCCCCUUGCUAAGAGGAAAAAACCAUUUUGAAAAGAUUAGGAUGGGAUCGGUCAGAUGGGAGAAGGCUAUUGUUUUGGCCAGGUCUACUGAUAAGGUCUCUCCCUUAAUCCCCGAAGGAGUAAUUAAACGACUCGCACCCAUGUGUUUGAUUGUCCCGAGGAAAUGCAAAGAACUGGGACGUUGGGCGAUUGUGGUUACAAUAGGGCAGCCAAGUGAACAACACCCAUAUUUUUUGAGUAAUUCAGUGACUAAAGGGCUGAUGAACACAGAGGUGUGUAUUGGCAAUUUAAUACGGCUGUCUGAAGCCAGUUUGAUAGUGAACCUUGAAAAAAAUGAAUUUGGCCACACGAGGGUCACCUACCUGGGAAUUGUGGUGACACAGGGGCAGCUGGCAGCGAUGCAAGCUACAGUGCAGGCUAUCGCUGACCUCCCAACCCCGACAGACAAGAGGGCCCUCAGAUGGCUUUUGGAGAUGGUGGGGUACUGCAGGAAGUUUUGCAAUAACUCUGCGGUCAAUACCCGUCCCCCUCCUACUAAGCCCUUGCGAGAGAAAAUUGAGUCGGAAUGGGACGACCCUUGUUGUUGUGGUCCGGGACAAAACCAAAUGAGAGGUUACAUUGGUCGCAAUUCAUCAGUGUUUUUGGCCACUAUGAAGUUUGCUGAGUUGGAGCCUGGUCUAAGGGAUUAUUAAUAACACGUGUAAAAGGAACAGAAAAUGUGAUGACUGUCUGUCAAGGUGUUGACAGCUUCAAAUUCUCUGUAUUAGCUAAAUAACUGUUAAAGAUGUAUAUUGUGUAUGUAUCAGAUAAUGUAGUCAUGUUUGUAAUUUUUACCUCCCGGUAAAAAUCCUUAAAGGGGGGAAGUGUUACGAGAAUACACAUAAAAUUAAGAUGUUUGCUGGCCUGGGCUAGCAUCAGUGGCAUCAGCAGUUGGUCUGCCACCUGCCCUCAGGGGAAGGAGAGAUAAGGAACAAUGGAGCAGCGUCUGGAGAUGUGUAAUGAAGGGAUGUGGGAGGGAGAGAUGUCUGGAGCGGCUCCCCCCUUUGAACCCUGAACUGUUUGAAGUGAUGGACAGGCGAUACCCCAGCAGGGGGAUAAAAAGGGACAGGUUCGCUAAGACAGACACACACGCCACCCGAGGUAACGAGACCCUGGAAGCGGUGCGCUUCUCACGAGUGGGUGAGAAGUACCGGACAACGACAAGGGUGAAAAGGUACGAUCAGCGGGAACCCGGUGUGUGUCCGCCCUUGCCUGGGUGCCGGGUUCACUGCAGAGGAUCGACCGCAUCUGGAGGAGGGGUCACAGUCGGUGACCUCAGGUGACAUCCCCAAGGACCUGCCCAAAAGCUGUUUGUGAGCCAUCUCGCUGGUCUGUGAGCCAUCCCGCUGGUCUGUGAGUGAAGCAGUGUUCUGAAUGAUCAGUUGUUCCUAUUCUGUCUCUCUUCCCCCACCUUGUCCAUCGCCAUGGCAACGAUUACUGCGAACUGAACUACAAACUGGACUGAACUUUGAGUCAUUUUGAAAUUGGUCAUUUACCCCUAGACAACGAUAGAGCUUGAUUGAUGCUGUUAUCUUAAUUCUGUGCACAUGUGUGGUUAUCAUUGUUGAAUUGUUGCAUUUAUUAUCCUUUCGAUUACUGUGUUGCUUGUUUCUUUAAUAAAACUUUCUUAGUUCUAGUACUCCAGACUCCAACUGAGUGAUCCAUUUCUGCUGGUUUGGCAACCCAGUUACGGGGUACGUAACACUAUAUAUCCAUUUAAGUUUGAUCCUGAUCAUGAUAAAACAUUACAACACAGUGCAGUCCUUUGACCCACAUUGUGCUGACAGUUUGACCAACUGUAAGAUCAAUAUAAGCCUUCCUUCCAACAUAGUGCUCCAUUUUUCUAUCAUCUAUGUGCCUAUCUAACUCUCUUAAAUGAUACAAGUGUAAAGAGAGAGAGAGAUCUGUCUAAGCAAGAACACAAUCACAUUUCAAACCAGAGAAUAUAUUCUUACGGCUGUAUAAGUCCUAUAUAUUUAAGUAUUACAGUUCAAAUAGGAAAUUAAUUUUAAUACUAAUGACCUUGCAGAUUACUGGUUAAUAUCUUUUUAUGUGUUCAUCUGAAAUUAAAAGCUGCAAAUACCAAUUUCUUCAUGACCACUUUAGUUUUCGUUCGUGAUCUUUUUUGAUUGUACAUUCUUUCUUCAAACAAACUAGCAAAAUUUUUUUUGGAUUUAUAGAAUAGUGCAACAAAGAAGGCCAUUCAGGCCUAUCAGUCUGCAAGGGAAUUCCUGUCCCAUCAUGUAGACAAGGUGCAUUGAGAUAUGAAUUGAGACAAAACUGGGAGAAAUUGACAACAGAAGUCGUGCAAUCAUUUCUAUGAUCUCAGUCAUUACUUAGAGCUAUGGUACCACUAUCGCUCUGCUCCUACUCCAAUGUCCAGAAGAGAGUACUUUCUUAAAACCAUGGUUUACUCAUUCC